AUGGCCGACGGCGCCACCCCCAGGCGCAAAUCCGUCCCGGACUGGCUCAACAGCCCGAUCUGGUCCGCGCCUCCCCCGUCCCCGCGCCACAGCUCCCCUCCCCGCACGGCACCCUCCCCCGCUCAGCCGCCGCCAUCUCCCCUGCCCCCUCCCCAGCCGCCGCGGGAUUCGACUCCCAUCCCUCUUCCCCACGCCCCACACGGCGGCGAUGCUUCAGACGACGAAGACGACGAAGGCAAGGGCGCGGGCGCCCCGUCGCGCGCCCACCUCGUCGCUGAGUUCAAAGUCGCGCUGGACAGGAAGGUGGUGGAUCUGGCAGAGCUCCGGAGGCUCGCAUGCCAGGGCGUGCCCGACGCCGCUGGUAUUCGGCCCGUCGUCUGGAAGCUUCUCUUGGGAUACUUGCCAACUGAUCGUGCUCUAUGGCCAUAUGAACUGGAGAAAAAGAGGUCCCAAUACUGUGCUUUCAAAGAUGAACUUCUGGUUAAUCCUUCAGAAGUUACUCGAAGAAUGGAGGAAAUGUCAGUUUCUAAAAGAGAGGAACAUAAUGCUGAAGGGACUGGUGUGCUACCAAGGGCGGAAAUCGUUCGUGAUGAGCAUCCCCUAAGCCUUGGGAAAACUAGUGUUUGGAACCAAUACUUCCAGGAAUCUGAGAUUGUGGAGCAGAUCGAUAGAGAUGUUAAGCGUACUCAUCCUGAGAUGCAAUUUUUCAAUGGGGACUCUUCAGAUUCGUUGUCUAAUCAGGAGUCACUAAAGCGUAUACUUACAAUAUUUGCAAAAUUGAAUCCGGGUAUAAGAUAUGUACAAGGAAUGAAUGAGGUUUUGGCACCUCUCUAUUAUGUUUUCAAGAAUGACCCUGACCAAAGUCAUGCUGCUUUAGCAGAGCCAGAUGCCUUUUUCUGUUUUGUCGAGCUGCUUAGUGGGUUCCGAGAUAACUUUUGCAAGCAACUUGACAACAGUGUGGUUGGUAUACGCUCCACAAUUACUAGACUAUCACAGCUUCUGAGAAGACAUGACGAGGAACUCUGGCGGCAUUUAGAAGUUGUAACCAAGGUUAAUCCACAGUUCUACGCAUUCAGAUGGAUCACCUUGCUGCUAACGCAGGAGUUUAAGUUCCGUGACUGCCUCAGCCUGUGGGACACACUAUUGGGCGAUCCAGAGGGACCUCAGGCUACAUUGUUGCGGAUCUGCUGUGCGAUGCUAAUUCUUGUCCGAAGGCAGCUUUUGGCUGGCGAUUUCACUGCGAACCUCAAGCUCCUCCAGAACUACCCACCCACAAACACCGACCACCUUCUACACAUUGCUAACAAGCUGCGAGGGCCGCUUCCCUUCUGA